CAUAAUCAGACUUAUGACGGCCAAGGUUAGCAGUACCGAGGUUGUAUAAUAUUGCGGGGAGAAAUUACCCCAGAAACGUUGUGCGACGUCCGGUAGCUGACAAAUGAGAGCAUCAUAAGUGGAACCCCGUAACCUCAAUCGUAAAGGGGUAUAAGUGAGGCAUUCAAUUAACCUGGAUUGUAUAGGCAUAUAUUCUCAAUAAUAUCAUGACCACAUGUUCCAAUUGACUUCGCCCAAGAUGCCACGGUCUCUAACCAUCAAGAAAGUCGACGGCAAGCCCGGCCAGGUUUACUACCCCCUCCAACUAAACCAAACCCCCAAGCCCACCCCAGGGCCCAAGGAACUGCUCAUCCGGGUCCACUCCGCCGCCCUCAACCACCGAGACUUCUUCAUCCGGCAGGCGCUGUACCCAGGCAUCUCCUUCACCACCCCCUUACUCGCCGACGGCUUCGGCAGCGUCGUCGAGGCUCCCUCGGCGCCGGACCUGGUCGGGAAGCGCGUCGUCCUGACCCCCUCGUGGGGCUGGGCCGCCUCGCCCGACGGACCCGAGGACUACGCGCGGUACGGCGUGAUCGGCGGCGCGGCGCCGUGGCCAGCCGGCACAGCGCAGGACUACGUCGUCGUGCCCGAGGACGAGGUAGAGCUCGCGCCCGCGCACCUGACACCCCACGAGGCCGCCGCUUUACCCCUCGUCGGCGUGACCGCCUGGCGCGCCCUCGUGACGAAGGGGCUGAGCGGCGACGCGGGCUCUGCUGCUGGUAAGAACGUCCUGGUGACUGGCAUCGGGGGCGGCGUGGCGCUGGCCGCGCUGCAGUUCGGUGUUGCGCUGGGGUGCAAGGUAUACGUGACCUCGGGCUCGGCGGCCAAGCUCGAGCGCGCGAGGGAGCUGGGCGCCGCGGGCGGGGUGUCGUAUAAGGAGGCCGGAUGGGAGAAGCAGCUCCUAGCGCAACUACCCGCGUCGCGGCCGUACCUCGACGUCGUGGUCGACGGCGCGGGCGGGGACAUAGUGUCCAAGGCCGUGAAGCUGUUGCGCCCGGGGGGUGUGAUAUCGGUCUACGGGAUGACCGUGGGUCCGAAGAUGGACUGGACGAUGCAGGCCGUGAUGAAGAACAUCGAGCUCCGGGGCAGCACUAUGGGUUCGCGGGCCGAGUUCCGGGAUAUGGUCGCGUUUGUGCGGGAGCAUAAGAUAAGGCCGGUCGUGAGCCGUGUUGUAAAGGGGUUGGAUAAUAUUGAGGCGAUCGACGGCUUAUUCGAUGACAUGAAAAAUGGGAAGCAGUUCGGCAAGCUCGUCAUCGAGAUCUCCUUGCCUGAUGACGAGGCAGAGGCAAAGCUUUAGAUAGCGAUUAGCGCGAUGAACACGAUGGGAAUUUCAUGACGGAAACCUAGGAAUAAUGCGCAGGAUGUAAGAAAUUGGACAUAGAUCAUGAAGAAUUAACCCAAGUAGACU